UAGAGCGAUUCCAUGAGCGAGAAAGAGACACAGAGAAAGAGAGGGAGAGCACAAAGCAGAGAUGGGGACCGAGCACUGAGAUAGGGGGAGUUGGUAGGACUGAGAUUUGCACACAAACGUGAGUAAAGGAGAGGAAGGAGGAAGAGCGGGGAGGUUGAAGGAGAGCAGGAGGAGGAGGGAAGAGAGGGAUGCAAGAUGAUGGAGCCCAGAAAUAGUCAUCACAGGACAGCUUUUCAUCCCCGCUCUCUGCGGCAGACAUGACUCUGGGCACUGGACUGUGCAGACAUUAGCCAGGGGGACAACACAGGACAGCAGGUCUGCAGCACACUGCCUUGGUUCAGCCUCACUGGAUGCAGCAAGGCAGCUGAUUUAUUACUGAGAGGCUGGGUGGCAGUGUGUGUGUGUGUGUAUGCAGGUUUUUAUGGGUCCUUGUAGCGCUCAGGGCUGUGGGAGCGACCAUUCCUCCAGUCGUAAAAUGACAUUCAGCAGGCAGGAGCUUCGUGUGCUGGUGUGGAUCUGCAGUUCUCAGUAGGAAGUGGAAGAGUGGGAUUCCUAGCGGUCCUGGAGUGUGUGUGUGUUUACAGUGCUGUUCACUGAGGUGAGCCAAGGAGGAUCAGCUGUAUGCAGCGUGUGUGUGUGUGUGUGUUUAGGUUAGAGUAGCAAGGCUGCAGCAAAGGCAAAUCUCCUACACAAUGCAAGGACAAGCACAGAGCAACACUGAUGGCAGGGAGUGCAGGUAGAGCACAAGGAGCGCCCUGGGGGUAGGGUGGAGGACGAAGGCAGGGACAGACAAGGAAGAGGAGAAAAGAGCAAGGGCAGAGGCCAGUGGAACAGAGAGGGUGAUCAUGGCUGUCAUACAGUGAGCUAUAGCAUAUGCUGUAGCGCAGAACAGAGCGGUGCGGCAGGGGGAGGACAAGCAUCACCGCGCAGGGGAGGGGGAGAAGGGAAGGAAGAGACUGAGGGAAAGAGGAGGGGGAGGCAAUCAGCUCAGCACCUCUCCUCCACCAGGAGGAGAAGCACAGCGGGACAGGCCCAGGAAAAGACACUCAUUCUCACACACACAGUCAAAGACAAGCGGCCAGGUCAACGUGUAGAGGUAAAAAAGGAGCUGGUCCUGGGACGGGGGUCGGGUGCACCCCCGCUGGUCCAGAAGGUCCACAAGAGCGCAGGCUGGUCCUGAGAAGAAGUAGAAGUCCUUCGGAGGAAGAGGGGUUGGCUCCCCAGAUCCUGUUUCUUCUGAGAGCCCUGCCACCUCUCCAUCACCAUGGGGGAAUGGACCAUUUUGGAGAGGCUGCUGGAGGCGGCUGUCCAGCAGCACUCUACCAUGAUCGGAAGGUGGCCAGAAAAAGGAGACCAAAGGGAUGUUCGUGUUGCUCUGUUUCUGCUGGAUUUGAUCCUGCUGACUGUGGUGGUGAUUUUCCGUAUCCUGAUCGUUGGUAUUGUGGGGGAGAAGGUGUACGAGGAUGAGCAAAUCAUGUUCAUCUGCAACACCAUGCAGCCCGGCUGCAACCAGGCCUGUUACGACAAGGCCUUCCCCAUCUCGCACAUCCGGUACUGGGUCUUCCAGAUCAUCCUGGUGUGCACGCCGAGCUUGUGCUUCAUCACGUAUUCUGUCCACCAGUCAGCCAAAGCACGUGACCGAAGCUACGCUCUCCUCCACCCCUACAUGGAUCAUCACGGUCACAGCGGUCACCAUGGACGCCAUGACCAUCACUCCCGCAAACUUCACUCACGCAACAUCAACGGCAUCCUGAUGCACCCUGACAGCGGCAAGGAGGAUCACGACUGCCUGGAGGUCAAAGAGAUUCCCAACGGACCCCGAGGACUCCCCCAAACACACAAGAGUUCCAAAGUGCGACGGCAGGAGGGCAUCUCCCGUUUCUACGUCAUCCAGGUGGUGUUCCGCAACUUGCUGGAGAUCGGCUUCUUGGCCGGCCAGUACUUCCUGUACGGCUUCAACGUGCCGGGGAUGUUUGAGUGUGACCGCUACCCGUGCGUGAAAGAGGUGGAGUGUUACGUGUCUCGUCCCACAGAAAAGACCGUGUUUCUGAUCUUUAUGUUUGCGGUGAGUGGCGUAUGUGUGCUGCUCAACCUGGCUGAGCUCAACCACCUUGGCUGGAGGAAGAUAAAGACGGCCAUGCGAGGGGUUCAGGCCCGAAGGAAGUCCAUCUGUGAAGUGCGGAAGAAGGAUGUUUCACACCUGUCCCAGACCCCAAACCUGGGCAGGACCCAGUCUAGUGAGUCAGCCUACGUCUGACAGAGGCCUUUCUGCCUGGGGGCUCAAGGACCUCUUACAUUUUGGAGAAGAGCUUUUCCCUGGCCCAGGACCCCCGAUCAUUAGGGCACAAAACUCACCUCUUCAUUAUUAUUCAGGAGCACACACAGACUCAGUGCAGUCAUGAUGAAGCAUCAAUUCACAAAGUAGAGUCUUUGACACUUCAGGAGGGAAGAAUUCCCUUCCUAAAAAGGUGACUGUCUCGCUGUAUCAAAGCUUACACCUAAAGCUUACAUGAUGUAGAGUUCUGCUCUGCCUAGGUGACACUAGGAGCCUUCAAAGAACCCAACAGCUAGAACUGAGCAAUUACUAAUUAUAAUAAAAUACUGUAAAGAUAGCCUGAGGUUGAGUUAUCUGAAGUUCUUCAUUAUUUGCCUUUGCUGUAGGUCAGAAAUAAUCCCCUCAUUUUCCAAUGAUGUGUGCAUAUGCAAAGGCUUACGCGUGUGCAUGCAUACGCAUGUGUGUGGGGGGGGAAAAAAGCCAAUGUCUGACUUAAGUCAGAAAAAUGAAUGCUAAGCUAAUCUGAGCUACUGAGAGAAAUAUAUUGUUAUUUUGCAUUGUCCAUGAUUUUCGAGUAAAGUCACUCAGCGGACAAAAAAGCACCUUUUUAAACAUGUUCUAAGAAAUGUACACACAAACCAACAGCACUCGCAGAAACUGGAACACAAUAGUUGUUUUCAGUGUGCCAGGCUUUUUCUUACAUAUUGUCACUCUUACUCAUAUUCUUUGUAUCACUGGGUGCCAAUCAGACAGCAGACUGACAUUGCCCGGGAGCUUUUGUUCAAAGUGAGACACAUGGUGCUUUGAAGAUGAGUUAGAUUUACUUUCCAACACUGUGUCAUGCACCGCAAUGCUCCCGAUGCCCGCAAGGCAUGCUGUUUACUCUAAGAAUACCACUGAAAACAGUCAAGUAAAAGCGUGCCAUUGUUUCCACUUUGCUCCUGACGUGUGAUCGCUGUCUAAGGGGCUGAAUAGAGUUAUAUAAAGAGUUUUUCAGCUAAAAAGGAAAAAGUAUUGUAGUCACAAAUAUUUUAACGUGUAACCUCAAGCUUUUUUUCACAAGCAGAUUUGGUGCCAUAUUUCAAAGUUACUGUACAUAGAUGAAAUGUAAUAGUUACACUUAGCCUUUUCCCUAUGCGCUGUAGAUGGGCUUCACACGGAUGGGGGAGCAGGGGUUCGGGUGGUAAUGAAGAUUAAUCAUAGAUUGCCAGCUUUAACAAUAUGUAUUAUUAAUGUGCCCUUUGUUAAGCCCUCGCCCUCUAAUGGAGACUAUACUUUCCGAAAAAGUCCCCCUCCCUUCCCUCCCUUAUGGACUUUGAAAAAGGCAUGUUAUCGAAGCAUUAAUAGAAUGGAUAGAUUAUGACAUGUAACUUAAAAAGAGACUGUUUUAUUUAUUUGCAUCCUGCUCCUGUGAAAUGUUAUACUCAGCAUGCAUGAAGAUGAAAAAUAUAAAGAGAUAUGAACAUAGAAUCCCGUUGUGGGAAUAUUGAAGGUGAAUACCUGAAAGGCUCCAGAACUGCAGCAAUAAUAAUAUAUAGUAUGUGAAAAAAAUGAUGUGAAUAAAUUAUUAUGCAAACAGA